AUGCUCUCCCUCACCCCGCCCCAUUCUCCCGCUCUCCAUCACCCCGCCCCAUUUUGCCGCUUUCCAUCACCCCGCCCCAUUCUCCCCCUUUCCAUCACCCCGUCCCAUUCUCCUGCUUUCCAUCACCCCGCCCCAUUCUCCCGCUUUCCAUCACCCCGCCCCAUUCUCCCGCUUUCCAUUACCCCGCCGAAAUCUCCCGCUUUCCAUCACCCUGGCCCAUUCUCCUGCUUUCCAUCACCCCGCCCCAUUCUCCCGCUUUCCAUCACCCCGCCCCAUUCUCCAGCUUUCCAUCACCCCGCCCCAUUCUCCCGUUUUCCAUCGCCCCGCCCCAUUCUCCCGGUUUCCAUCACCCCGCCCCAUACUCCCGCUUUCCAUCACCUCGCCCCAUUCUCGCUCCUUCCAUCACCUCGCCCCAUUCUCCCUCCUUCCAUCACCCGCCCCAUUUUCCCGCUUUCCUUCACCUCGCCCCAUACUCUCUCUUUCCAUCACCCCACCCCAUUCUCCCUCUUUACAUCACCCCGCCCCAUUCUGCCUCCUUCCAUCACCCCGCCCCAUUCUCCCGCUUUCCAUCACCCCGCCCCAUUCUCCCUCCUUCCAUCACCCUGCCCCAUUCUCCCGCUUUCCAUCACCUCGCCCCAUUCUCCCGCUUUCCAUCACCCUGCCCCAUUCUCCCGCUUUCCAUCACCCCGCCCAAUUCUCCCCAUUCUCCCGCUUUCCGUCAUCCCGCCGAAUCUCCCGCUUUCCAUCACCCCGUCCCAUUCUCCUGCUUUCCAUCACCUCGGUCCAUUCUCCCUCCUUCCAUCACCCCGCCCUAUUCUCCCUCCUUCUAUCACCCCGCCCCAUUCUCACGCUUUCCAUUUUCCUGGCCCAUUCUCCCGCUUUCCAUCACCCCGCCCCAUUCUCCCCCUUUUCAAUCACCCCGCCCCAUUCUCCCGCUUUCCAUCACCUUGCACCAUUCUCCCGCUUUCCAUCACCCCGCCCCAUACUCCCGCUUUCCGUCACCCUGUAACAUUCUCCCUCCUUCCAUCACCCCGCCCCAUUCUCCCGCUUUCCAUCACCCCGCCCCAUUCUCCCUCCUUCCAUCACCCCGCCCCAUUCUCCCGCUUUCCAUCACCCCGCCCUAUUCUCCCGCUUUCCAUCACCCCACCGCAUUCUCUCGCUUUCCAUGACCCCGCCCCAUUCUCCCGCUUUCCAUCACCCCGUCCCAUUCUCCCGCUUUCCAUCACCCCGCCCUAUUCUCCUUCUUUCAAUGUCCCUGCCCCAUUCUCCCGCUUUCCAUCACCCCGCCCCAUUCUCCCGCUUUCCAUCACCUCGCCUCAUUCUCCCGCUUUCCAUCACCCUGCACCAUUCUCCCGCUUUCCAUCACCUCGCCCCAUUCUCCCUACUUCCAUCAUCCCGCCCGAUUCUCCCGCUUUCCAUCACCCUGCCCCAUUCUCCCGCUUUCCAUCACCCCACCGCAUUCUCCCUUCUUCCAUUACCCCGCCCCAUUCUCCCGCUUUCAUCACCCUGCCCCAUUCCCUCUCUUUCCAUCACCGACCCCAUUCUCCAGCUUUCCAUCACCCCGCCCCAUCCUCUGCUUUCCAUCACCCUGCCCCAUACUCCCGCUUUCCAUCACCCAGCCCCAUUCUCCCUCCUUCCAUCACCACGCCCCAUUCUCCCUCCUUCCAUCACCCCGCCCCAUUCUCCCGCUUUCCAUCACCCCGCCCCAUUCUCCCUCCUUCCAUCAACCCGCCUCAUGCUCCCACUUUCCUUCACCCCGCCCCAUUCUCCAGCUUUCCAUUGCCCCGCCCCAUUCUCCCGCUUUCCAUCACCCCGCCCCAUUCUCCCGCUUUCCAUCACCCCGCCCCAUUCUCCCGCUUUCCAUCACCCCACCCCAUUCUCCCGCUUUCCAUCACCCCGCCCUAUUCUCCCUCCUUCCAUCACCCCGCCUCAUUUUCCCGCUUUCCAUCACCCCGCCCCAUUCUCCCGCUUUCCAUCACCCCGCCCAAUUCUCCCGCUUUCCGUCACCCCGCCCCAUUCUCCCGCUUUCCAUCACCCCCUCCCAUUCUCCCACCUUCCAUCACCCCGCUCCAUUCUCCUGCUUUCCCUCACCCCGCUCAAUUCUCCCGCUUUCCGUCACCCCGCCCCACUCUCCAGCUUUCCAUCACCCCGCCCCAUUCUGCCGCUUUCCAUCACCCCGCCCCAUUCUCCCGCUUUUCAAUCACCCCUCCCCAUUCUCCCGCUUUCCAUCACCCUGUACCAUUCUCCCGCUUUCCAUCACCCCGCCCCAUACUCCCGCUUUCCAUCACCCCGCCCCGUUCUCCCGCUUUCCAUCACCCCGCCCAAUUAUCCCGCUUUCCAACACCCCGCCCCAUUCUUCCGCUUUCCAUCACCCCAGUCCAUUCUCCUGCUUUCCAUCACCCCGCCCCAUUCUCCCACUUUCCUUCACCCCGCCCCAUUCUCCUGCUUUCCAUCACCCCGCCCCAUUCUGCCGCUUUCCAUCACCCCGCCCCAUUCUCCCACUUUUCGAUCACCCCUCCCCAUUCUCCCACUUUCCAUCACCCUGUACCAUUCUCCCGCUUUCCAUCUCCCCGCCCCAUACUCCCGCUUUCCAUCACCCUGCCCCAUUUCCCUCCUUCCAUCACCCCGCCCCAUUCUUCCUCCUUCCAUCACCCCGCCCCAUUCUCCCGCUUUCCAUCAUCCCGCCCCAUUCUCCCUCCUUCCAUCACCCCGCCCCGUUCUCCAUACUUCCAUCACCCCGCCCCAUUCUCCCACUUUCCAUCACCCCGCCCUAUUCUCCCGCUUUCUAUCACCCUGCCUCAUUCUCUCGCUUUCCAUGACCCCGCCCCAUUCUCCCGCUUUCCAUCACCCUGCCCCAUUCUCCCGCUUUCCAUCACCCCGCCCUAUUCUCCUUCUUUCAAUGUCCCUGCCCCAUUCUCCCGCUUUCAAUCACCCCGCCCCAUUCUCCCGCUUUCCAUCACCUCGCCUCAUUCUCCCCCUUUCCAUCAUCCUGCACCAUUCUCCCGCUUUCCAUCACCUCGCCCCAUUCUCCCUCCUUCCAUUACCCCGCCCCAUUCUCCCGCUUUCCAUCACCCUGCCCCAUUCUCCCGCUCUCCAUCACCCUGCCCCUUUCUCCCGCUUUCCAUCACCCCGCCCCAUUCUCCCGCUUUCCAUCAACCCGAACCAUUCUCCCGCUUUCCAUCACCCCCCCAAAUCUCCCGCUUUCCAUCACCCCGCCCCAUUCUCCCGCUUUCCAUCACCUCGCCCCAUUCUCCCACCUUCCAUCACCCCGCCCCAUUCUCGUGCUUUCCAUCACCCCGCCCCAUUCUCCCGCUUUCCAUCACCCUGCCCCAUUCUCCCGCUUUCCAUCACCCCGCCCCAUUCUCCUGCUUUCUAUCACCCGGCCCCAUUCUCCCGCUUUCCAUCACCCCGCCCCAUUCUCCCGCUUUCCAUCACUCUGCCCCAUUCUCCCGCUUUCCAUCACCCCACCCCAUUCUCCCUCCUUCCGUCACCCUGCCCCAUUCUCCCUCCUUCCAUCACCCCGCCCCAUUCUCCCGCUUUCCAUCACCCCGCCCCGUUCUCCCGCUUUCCAUCACCCCACCCCGUUCUCCCUCAUUCCAUAACCCCACCCCAUUCUCCCUCCUUCCAUCACCCUGCCCCAUUCCCCCGCUUUCCAUCACCCCGCCCCAUUCUCCAUAUUCCAUCACCCCGCACCAUUCUCCUUCUUUUUAUCACCCCGUCCCAUUCUACCGCUUUCCAUCACCCCUCCCCAUUCUCCCACCUUACAUCACCCCGCUCCAUUCUGCUGCUUUCCAUCACCCCGCCCCAUUCUCCCACUUUCCAUCACCCCGCCCCAUUCUCCCGCUUUCCAUCACCCCGCCCCAUUCUCUCGCUUUCCAUCACCCCGCCCCAUUCUCCCUCCUUCCAUCACCCCGCCCCAUUCUCCCUCCUUCCAUCACCCUGCCCCAUUCUCCCGCUUUCCAUCACCCCGCCCCAUUCUCCCGCUUUCCAUCACCCAACCCAAUUCUCCCCAUUCUCCCGCUUUCCAUCACCCCGCUCGAAUCUCCCGCUUUCCAUCACCCUGCCCCAUUCUCACGCUGUCCAUCACCUCGCCCCAUUCUCCCUCCUUCCAUCACCCCGCCCCAUUCUCCCGCUUUCCAUCACCCCGCCCCAUUCUUCCGCUUUCCAUCACCCCGCCCCGUUCUCCCACUUUACAUCACCUCGCCCCAUUCUCCAACUUUCCAUCACCCCGCUCCAUUCUCCCGCUUUCCAUCACCCCGCCCCAUUCUCCCGCUUUCCAUCACCCCGCCCCAUUCUCCUGCUUUCCAUCACCCCGUCCCAUUCUCCCGCUUUCCAUCACCCCACCCCAUUCUCCCUCCUUCCAUCACCCCGCCCCAUUCUCCCUCCUUCCAUCACCCCGCCCCAUUCUCUUGCUUUCCAUCACCCGGCCCCAUUCUCACGCUUUCCAUCACCCGGCCCCGUUCUCCCUCAUUCCAUCACCCCGCCCCAUUCUUCCGCUUUUCAUCACCCCACCCCAUUCUCCCGCUUUCCAUCACCCCGCCCCAUUCUCCCGCUUUCCAUCACCCCGCCCCAUUCUCCCGCUUUCCAUCACCCCGCCCCAUUCUCCCGCUUUCCAUAACCCCACCCCAAUCUCCCGCUUUCCAUCACCCGGCCCCAUUCUCCCUCCUUCCAUCACCUCUGCCCAUUCUCCCUCCUUCCAUCACUCCUCCCCAAUCUCCCGCUUUCCAUCACCCCGCCCCAUUCUCCCUCCUUCCAUCACCUCUGCCCAUUCUCCCUCCUUCCAUCACCCCUCCCCAUUCUCCCGCUUUCCAUAACCCCACCCCAAUCUCCCGCUUUCCAUCACCCCGCCCCAUUCUCCCUCCUUCCAUCACCUCUGCCCAUUCUCCCUCCUUCCAUCACCCCUCCCCAUUCUCCCACUUUCCAUCACCCCACCCCAUUCUCCCUCCUUCCAUCACCCCGCCCCGUUCUCCUUCCUUCCAUCACCCCGCCCCAUUCUCCCGCUUUCCAUCACCCCGCCCCGUUCUCCUUCCUUCCAUCACCCCGCCCCAUUCUCCUGCUUUCCAUCAUCCCGCCCCAUUCUCCCGCUUUCCAUCGCCCCGCCUUAUUCUCCUGCUUUCCAUCACCCCGCCCCAUUCUCCCGCUUUCCAUCACCCCGCCCCAUUCUCCCGCUUUCCAUCACCGGCCCCAUUCUCCCUCUUUCCAUCACCCUGCCCCAUUCUCCCGCUUUCCAUCACCCCGCCCCAUUCUCCUGCUUUCCAUCACCCCGCCCCAUUCUCCCGCUUUCCAUCAUUUUGCCCCAUUCUCUCGCUUUCCAUCACCCCGCCCCAUUCUCCCUCCUUCCAUCACCCCGCCCCAUUCUCCCUCCUUCCAUCACCCUGCCCCAUUCUCCCGCUUUCCAUCACCCCGCCCCAUUCUCCCGCUUUCCAUCACCCAACCCAAUUCUCCCCAUUCUCCCGCUUUCCAUCACCCCGCUCGAAUCUCCCGCUUUCCAUCACCCUGCCCCAUUCUCACGCUGUCCAUCACCUCGCCCCAUUCUCCCUCCUUCCAUCACCCCGCCCCAUUCUCCCGCUUUCCAUCACCCCACCCCAUUCUCCCGCUUUCCAUCACCCCGCCCCGUUCUCCCACUUUCCAUCACCUCGCCCCAUUCUCCAACUUUCCAUCACCCCGCUCCAUUCUCCCGCUUUCCAUCACCCCGCCCCAUUCUCCCGCUUUCCAUCACCCCGCCCCAUUCUCCUGCUUUCCAUCACCCCCCUCAUUCUCCCACUUUCCAUCACCCCGCCCCAUUCUCCCACUUUCCAUCAACCCGCCCCAUUCUCCCGAUUUCCAUCACCCCGCCCCAUAAUCCCUCCUUCCAUCACCCCGCCCCAUUCUCCCGCUUUCCAUCACCCCGCCCCAUUCUCCCGCUUUCCAUCACCCUGCCCCAUUCUCCCGCUUUCCAUCACCCCGCCCCAUUCUCCCGCUUUCCAUCACCCCGCCCCAUUCUCCCACUUUCCAUCACCUCGCCCCAUUCUCCCGCUUUUCAUCACCCCGCCCCAUUCUCCCGCUUUCCAUUACCCCGCCCCAUUCUCCCGCUUUCCAUCACCCCGCCCCAUUCUCCCCCUGUCCAUCACCCCGCCCAAUUCUCCCACUUUCCAUCACCCCGCCCCAUUCUCCCGCUUUCCAUCACCCCGCCCCUUUCUCCCCCUGUCCAUCACCCCGCCCCAUUCUCCCGCUUUCCAUCACCCCACCCCAUUCUCCCGCUUUCCAUCACCCCGCCCCAUUCUCCCGCUUCCCAUCACCCACCCCAUUAUCCCGCUUCCAUCAACCCCCUCAUUCUCCCGCUUCCAUCUCCGCGCACCAUUCUCCCGCUUUCCAUCACCCUGCACCAUUCUCCCGCUUUCCAUCACCCUACCCCAUUCUCCCACUUUCCAUCACCCCGCCCCAUUCUUUCGCUUACCAUCACCUCGCCCCAUUCUCCCGCUUUCCAUCACCCCGGCCCAUUCUCCCGCUUUCCAUCACCCCGCCCCAUUCUCCCGCUUUCCAUCACCCACCCCAUUCUCCCGCUUUCCAUCACUUCUCCCAAUUCUCCCGCUGUCCAUCACCCCACACCAUUCUCCCGCUUUCCAUCACCCCGCCCCAUUCUCUCGCUUUGCAUCACCCCGCCCCAUUCUCCCGCUUUACAUCACUCCACCCCAUUCUCUCGCUUUCCAUCACCCCGCCCCAUUAUCCCGCUUUCCAUCACCCCGCCCUAUUCUCCCGCUUUCCAUCACCCCGUCCCAUUCUCCCUCCUUCCAUCACCCCGCCCCAUUCUCCCUCCUUCCAUCACCCCUCCCCAUUCUCCCGGUUUCCAUCACCCCGCCCCAUUCUCCCACUUUCCAUCACCCCGCCCCAUUCUCCCGCUUUCCAUCACCACGCCCUUUUCUCUCUCCUUCCAUCACCCUGCCCCAUUCUCACUCCUUCCAUCACCCUGCCUCAUGCUCCCACUUUCCAUCACCCCGCCCCAUUCUCCCGCUUUCAAUCACCCCGCCCCAUUCUGCCGCUUUCCAUCACCCCGCCCCAUUCUCCCGCUAUCCAUCACCCUGCCCCAUUCUCCCGAUUUCCAUCACCCCGCCCUAUUCUCCCUCCUUCCAUCACCCUGCCCCAUUCUCCCGCUUUCUAUCACCCCGCCCCAUUCUCCCACAUUCCAUCACCCGGCCCCAUCUCCCGCUUUCCAUCACCCCGCCCCAUUUUCCAGCUUUCCAUCACCCCGCCCCAUUCUCCCUCCUUCCAUCACCCAGCCUCAUUCUCCCACUUUCCAUCACCCCGCCCCAUUCUCCCACUUUCCAUCACUACGCCCCAUUUCCCCGAUUUCCAUCACCCCGCCCCAUUCUCCCUCCUUCCAUCACCCCGCCCCAUUCUCCUCCUUUCUUUCACCCCGCCCCAUUCUCCCGCUUUCCAUCACCCUGCCCCAUUCUCCCGCUUUCCAUCACCCUACCUCAUUCUCCCGCUUUCCAUCACCCUACCUCAUUCUCCCACUUUCCACCACCCCGCUCCGUUCUCCCACUUUCCAUCACCCCGCCCCAUUCUCCUGAUUUCCAUCACCCGCCCCAUUCUCCCUCCUUCCAUCAUCCCACCCCAUUCUCCCUCCUUCCAUCACCCCGCCCCAUUCUCCUGCUUUCUAUCACCCUGCCCCAUUCUCCCACUUUCCAUCACCCCGCCCCAUUCUCCCUUCUUCCAUCACCUCGCCCCAUUCUCCCACUUUCUAUCACCGCGCCCCAUUCUCCCGCUUUCCAUCACCCCACCCCAUUCUCCCGCUUUUUAUCACCCCGUCCCAUUCCCCCUUCUUCCAUCAUCCUGCCCUAUUCUCCCUCCUUCCAUCACCCCGCCCCAUUCUCCCGCUUUCCAUCACCCCGCCCCAUUCUCCCACUUCCCAUCACCCACCUCAUUCUCCCGCUUCCAUCACCCGCCCCAUUCUCCUGCUUUCAUCUCCGCACACCAUUCUCCUGCUUUCCAUCACCCGCCCCAUAA